UCCAAGCGCAGUCGCAAAACCUGGGAUGUUUGUUGCGCAUGUAUGCGAUGGUAGCAGCGACUGUUAAUUACGCGCGCAAAUGUCAAAUUUUGUAGAAAAUAUUAAUAAUAAUUAGAGAAGAAAUGAAAAGCAUUAAAUUGUUUACCAAAUAUUAUAUGAGGGAUAGAAGAUGGAUACUACCGUACCUGUAACUGUGAAUUCUGCUCAUGAGAUGAUGAGUGACCUGAGUGAGCCUAGUUCUCCAGAAAGUGUGAUGUAUGAUACAUCAGAGCUCCUCGGCAAUGUCAGUGAUGAUGUAACCAAUCAACUGGCUGCUUCAGGGCCAGUAGGUGUUGCCGCAGCCGCUGCAGUAUUAUCAACUAAAAAAAGAAAACAUCCCCAUCAUUUUGAGACCAACCCUGCCCGCAGAAAAAGGCAGCAAACAAGAUUAUUGAGAAAGUUACGGCUAACUAUAGAAGAGUACUCCUGUAGAGUUGGGCAACAAGCAGUGGUCCUGUGUUGUACACCAAAUGUAAGCCACGCCCCCUCUGUUAACCAGUCCAUGCAAAUGUAUAAAGUAUUUGGCUCACAGCCUCUUGAAAAUGUGGUUAGGAAUAACAAACAGCAGAUUUUACAAGACCUUGAACAGUCUCUGGUAGAGCACACACCUCCUUCCCAACAGGACAAUUCUGGUUUACAUGAGUUGCCUCCCUUAGUAAUUGAUGGAAUCCCGACACAAGUAGAUAAAAUGACACAAGCACAAUUACGAAAUUUCAUUCCCGAAAUGUUAAAGUAUUCCACUGGCCGAAGUAAACCAGGUUGGGGGCGUGCUGAGAGUCAUCCUGUAUGGUGGCCAAGUGAUUUACCGUGGGCAAAUGUCCGCAGUGAUGUACGUUCAGAAGAGGAUAAGAAAAGGGUUCCUUGGACAGAGGCUUUACGUCAGAUUGUUAAAAAUUGUUACAUGCACCACGGUCGGCAAGAUUUGUUACAAGUGUUCAAGGAUGAACCGGUGUCAGGCGUGACUGUGCAAGCCCAGCAGCCCUUCGCCGGCACCAUGAUGCAAACUAUAAAUAACCCAGAUGGUUCUGUGUCUAUUAUACAGAUAGACCCAGGUCCGAACCGAGUAUUAAGUUUACCAGAAAUUGGCCAGAAUCAGGUUGUAACACUGCCUGAUGGUACACAAGCCACAGUUGUACACGCAAUCCAAGAUGCAAAUCUUCACCAACAACAGUCCCAGCAUGAAGUCCAGAUCUCUCAAAAUUUACCACAGUUUACAGAAAUAGCUACAAAUGGCAAUCAAGCUGCUAGUACACAGGAGCUGAGCAUUGUCACAGGUUCCCAGCAGGCAGCCAUUAGUGCUCUUCAAGCAUCCAUCAAUAGUGCUGGACAGAUCAUUCUUACAGGAGCUGAUGCUUCACAACUUGGAGGUAUUAUGACAGUAUUACCAGUUUCUAUGUAUCAGCCAGUCCAGACUGUGCAGCAGAUUCCUGCCAAUCUAAGUUUUCAACUACAGCAACAAACUGGGAAUCAGGCUGUUGAAAUCCCUAUGGUGACAGUUGCCGGGGGUGAUGCCACUUCAAAUUCAUUACAAGAAGAGAACACUAGCAUGGAAGUUAAGGAGGAGACAGCUUUAGACGAAAGCACUGUUGAAGAGAAUGGACAGUUAAAUAUCCAAGACAAUGAUGAUAAUUCCCCAUCAGAUUUACAAAUUUUACCUUGAGAGAAACAAGGCUUUUUCUGCAAUCUUAUGUUUUAGCCAUUCUCUAAAAUUUAAUAAAUGUGCCAGUCUUAAAAAAAACCACAAGAUUUCUUGCCCAGGUUAUUCCUUUUUGAUCAAAUAAAGUAUGAAGUUUCAAAAUAACACAAAUUUGACUGAAAUUUUCAACCAGUGUAAAGUCUGGAGUAUAAUCAAUUUUUAUAGAUGAUUGUAUAAAUUCUUUUGUGUAACUGCUCAAAAAGAGGCCCUUCAUAAGUUGUAUUCUUUCAAAUUAUUUUUUUUCAUUUUUGUACAUUAAUCCAUGACAGCUCUAGCAGCAUAUGCUUGUUUUUGUUAUGCUUUGUUGCUAAGUUUCAUACACACUAUAAAUAUAGCAUCAUGUUCAUUUUGCAUAUUGUAUGUAAUACAUUGCAUGUUAAAUUAUUGUGGGUGUGUAAUACAGUGAUCCAAGUUGUACCGUGACAGUUUGUGUUUAGAAUAAAUGAAAAAUAUUGUAUUCACCAUACUUGAAAACGGCAAUUUUUGUAUUAUAAACAUUUGAGAAUGUUUUGUUGUGUUUGUGCAAUAACCACUAUCGUGACAGGAUAAAUCCUUCUCUUUUUAUCCAUGUUUAGUUGCAAAAACCUUUUUUAAUCAUCACCUGUUAGUUUACUUUCUUACUAAUUCAGAAGAAAAUCCUUUCUCUUUUGUUUGAACUACAGAAUCCAAAACCUCAUGGUCACUAUUCUUCGUGUAACCAUAUCCUGCUUAAACAGAAAGAGUUAAACCUUUGCCACCAGUAUAGAGCCAGGCCAGCCUGCACAUCUGUGCAGUCUGACCUGGCUGUAUUCUGUUGGCUGACCAAAUUUUUGUCUUGAUAUUACAAUGGACAGUUUUAUAAUGGAAAUGUGACAAGUGUAAAGCAACAGCCAUUAUAUAUAAUAUCAUGCAUCUGUAAUUAUCAUAUAGGUAAUGGAAGAACAUUUGUUAUGAGUAAUAAUAAAUAUUGUUUGUAAAUUAUUAUUUAAUACAAUAGAUCAGAAUUUGUACCAGUAAAGAAAGUCUUAAGCCAAUACAGUACAGUUACACCUAUGGAUUAAGGGCCCCUAUGUUAUACUUGUAUGCUCAAAAUGAGCAAUUUGGUUUGAUCAGGAUUUUUUUUUUGAUUUUUUUCUUUCUAUACAAAACAGAUAUAAUUUCACACAAGACAAACUAUUAACAAAUAAGUUUACGGUAUUUACAUGAAUGUUUAAGUUGUUUGUAGAAAGCAAAAUGGUCAAGAAGGCCGUUUCAAAUGAUAAGCAAUUGCUAUAUAAAACUAUUUGUCUAUACUGUAUACAAGUGACUACUGGCAGAGUCAAGGACAGGUCAAUGCCCCUUGUAUACAGCCAGGUUACCGCCUUUACUGGGGUACAUUUGUUCAGAUUGACCAAGCUUUUAAACUGUUGGCUAUUCAGUUUAGUGUUUUAAUAUGUAAAUUCAUUAGACCAACAAUAGCUCUAAAUUCAAAGCAGGGCUGUUCCAUUACACAGAUAGAUUAGUCUGUUGUUGAAUUUUCCAGAGGACCAAUGAUAUACUUUUAUAUUGAUUUUGAUAACAGAAUAAGUUGAAUUUUUACUAACUAAUUUGAUAUUGAGUAACAUGAGAGUUAAAAUGUUUUACUUUGCAAUAUACAUGUUCAUGUGUCACCUUUUUAUUGUUUCCAUAGACAUGUUUGUUGUUACAAGAUUCUAUGUGUUUAUAUUCAUUUCAUGUUUUAGAAGAUUAUGGAAAUGUAAUUAUGAAUUUUAUUAUGAUAAUUUGACAGUGAAAUCGUGGCCAAAGAAUAUUCCAAUAUUCAAGAUACCGUAGCUAUCACUCAUAUAUGAGUGGAAAUCUUAGCAGAUGUGGAAUGUAUUGUAAUUAAAGAUGUAAUCAUUGAUAACAAAUAGAAUGCAGUUAAGGCAAUUAAUAAUAAAAUGUAACAAAAAUGUAAAGAAACAUUUUUCACAAUUUACAUUAUGAAAGUAAAUUAAAUGAUGUCCUGAACUUGAUUAUGGAGAGCAACCUGACAGAUUGCGGCAGAAAUGUGGCAAAAGUGGGUAAAAAUACACAAAAACCAUAAUAAUAGCUUGUAAAUUAUAAAAAUUUGCUUGCUUUACUUGAAAGAUCAAUUUUUACCUUCAUGUAGCUCUGAAGCAAACAUAUGUUCUAUUUUUGAUGCAGUAUCAGUCCAUUUACAAUUUCAGAGCUAAAUUAGUCUAAUUACUGGUAAAUUUAUGAAUUAUCAGUUUUACCUGAUUGUAAUGAUAUGUUGUAUUUGGCAUAUUAUUCAUAUAUGAGAAGAAAGAUUUAUAUUUUCCACUGUUUCAAUGUUCAUAUAGUUUUAACUCAUUAUUGGCCCAGUAACAAUCCUCCAACCUCCCGUGGGGCCCCCACCUGGUUUAGAGACAGUACUGCUUGCACUAACAAGUGACCAGGCUCUACAACUCAGUAACAACUGGUAGCUCGGUUUGUUUUUUGUAUUUUUGAUAUUGAAAUCCCUUGAACUUCAAAUGGACUGUUCCAAUUUCAAAGCAGGACCAAUCCAUUACACAAAUUCAGCAGGUUAAGAUACAACCAUGUAUUUAGUGAUUAAAAUAUUUUUCUGCUUACAUAAUUACGUUUUUUUAUGUUUCCUUAUAAAGACAAUGGUAAAUGAUUUUUCAUCAUCUAUGUGUCUAAAUUUUAAAAUAAUGAAGAUUUAAAUGUGACAUUUUAUUUCUUCUUUUAAAGAAAUAAUCUGUUUAAAUGAUUAUUAUUAUUUCUUGAAUAUGUUUAAAUAUUCAUCGGAAAUAAAUUGUAAAUAUAUAA